AUAACCUUCUAUUUCAGUCCAUUCAAAGCCGUCUGGGACUGGGUUAUACUUAUAUUAGUCCUCUACACAGCUGUAUUCACGCCGUACCAAACCGCCUUUCUUCUAAACGAAGAAGAGACCGUCCAACGACUUAACAAGAACGCCGCAACUCGAACCCAAUCCUCGGACGCCACAAAAGCCAACCCGAUUGUCAUCAUAGACCUCAUAGUGGAUCUAAUGUUUAUUGUGGAUAUAUUAAUAAACUUCCGGACUUCUUAUCUACACAAUGGGGAAGUUGUGAUGGACCAAAAAAAGAUUGCUGUGAACUAUGUGAAGGGAUGGUUCCUCAUUGAUUGCUUUGCGGCAAUUCCAUUUGACCUGCUGUUGUUUGGGAGUGGAACCAGCGACACUAUGACUAUAGCCGGCAUCCUUAAGACCGCCCGUCUCCUGAGACUACUAAGGGUUAUACGAAGGAUCGAGCAGUUCGCCGAAUACGGGGCUGCCGUUCUACUCCUGUUGAUGGUGACAUUCUCCUUGGUCGGUCAUUGGCUAGCCUGUGUCUUCUACGCCAUAGCAUACUGGGAGAGACCGCAUCUAAAAGACAAAAUAGGUUGGCUCGACACACUAGCUGACCAAUUGAACGAACCAUACAGCAUUAAUGACACCACAAGUGGACCAAGCAUCAAAACCACCUACAUCACCGCCCUAUAUUUCACCUUCACAUCUCUGACCAGUAUCGGAUUUGGGAAUAUAUCACCCAACACCAACGCUGAGAAGAUCUUUUCGAUAUUUGCCAUGAUGUUAGGAUCACUUCUGAGCGCCGCCAUAUUUGGUAACGUUUCGUCCAUCAUGUUACGAAUCUACCAGGGUACAGACGAAUAUCACGAGAAGAUGCAAUCUAUUAAGGAUUUCAUCAAUUUCCAUCACCUUCCUAAAAACCUGGCAAGCCGACUGCAGGAGUCUUUCCAACACGCAUGGUCCUAUACGAACGGGAUCGAUAUGAACUCAGUGUUGAAGGGCUUUCCUGAGUGCCUCCAGGCGGACAUAUGUCUCCAUCUAAAUCGGAACCUGCUGAAUAACUGUUCUGCCUUCCAGAAAGCGUCCACAGGGUGUUUACGUGCGCUAUCUAUGCAAUUCAAGACAACCCACGCCCCGCCUGGCGACACAUUGAUACAUCCCGGGGAUAUCCUCACUUCCAUAUACUUCAUGGCCCGAGGGUCCAUCGAGAUACUGAAGGAUAACUCCGUCAUGGCCAUAUUGGGUAAAGAUGAUAUCUUCGGCGGAGAUUUGGAGGAACUUAGCACUAGCGGAAAGUCUCUUUACUUCGUCCGGGCGUUAACUUAUUGUGAUAUCAACAAGAUCGACAUUUCUGAUCUGAAAGACACUCUUCGCUCGUACCCGGAGUUUGCUGAAGAAUUUAUGAAGAAGAUACAGGUCACGUUUAACUUAAAAAGGGGAACGCUUUAUGAAACAAAACGAAAGUCACGGAUAGAUGAGGAAAAGCUACGAUUUAUUCGCCAGAAACGUCCGACUUUACAGUCUAGGCGAGGAGCAGAUAGAUCGUCAAAUGAGUCAGCGCAUCAUAGGCGGAGGAAACACAGCGCAUCUCAAACGGACGAUGAUCGCGGUACCCAUCGCCUUGAGAUAUCCCCUGAACAGGCGUACACGGACAUAAACAGGGAUUUUGAAGACCGAAGGGAGGCGACCCACGAUGAUAAUCAACUUGAAAGUAGACAAAAGAAGAAGAAGAGGAAAGAUAACCAGAAAAAUAUUAAGACAGACCUGUCCCCAGAAGUUUCCACCGCCACUUCGUAUACGCCAAAAUCCAUGAGCAGCUCGGGGAACAGGUUUUCCUGGGGACAUCCACCAAUUUUCGGUGACAAAGAGGACCAAGAGGACACACAGAAUAUGGUGGAUAUAGAGCAUAAACUGGAUCAUUUAUCUGCACGCAUGAACAAAUUUGAAGCUGACUUAUUCACCACCGUGGACAACAUACUGCUACUCCUAGGACAAAAACCAAAUGUCAAAGUUGUACAAGACAGUGACUUGAAAACGUGUAGUGAACCAGUAUUACCCAGUACUAGUGAACGUCCAGACAUUAAUGUUAAAUUACGAGCAAGAUUUGACACCGAUACAACGAAGUCUAAACACGAACCAUUGAUACAAAUACAGACAGCUAGGAAAGGCGCUAGGCUAGUCAAAUCCCCAAGUGAAUUAGCAAAGUUGUUAGAUAAAAUGUGA